AUGCCCUGCCUAUCUUGCCUCAGGCCGCUAUCUUGCCUUGAUAGUACGACUCCUCAUCGCAGCAGUGCAGGCAAACCGCUUACAGCCGACGCUUCUGAGGAAGACCACGGCGGCACUACUAUUGUCAGAGAAGACGUCGUUGUUGACGACGACGAUGAAGAGUCCCGCGCUUCGCGACGAAAAGGGCCACCAAACUACACGACCCUCUCGGCAGAUGCUGUCUCGGGGACGAUGACUGCGAAAAGGUCUUAG